UUCUUUUUAGAUUAACGUUAUCAAUAUUAAUUGUAUCCAAGAUAAAACUAGUCAAAGAAUCUACAAACUAAUCUAAUUAAAUAUACAAGAAAACAAAAAAACCGAGCGGUGAAAUAAUCCGAAGUGUAGCCUACUUUAAUAACAGCUGCUCUCCAUCUGUCAAACUGCGUUCCUACCUAGCAAAAUAAUAUAUUAAGCAAUGUUAUAUUUUUUCCUUGUCGCAUAAAGCGGGGUUCAAUAGCGCCAUCUCUUUUUAUUGCAAUCGAUACGUAAUAUAAUGGCUUUCGAUGUUUACAGCUGUGUGUGAUGCAUUGUUUAGUUUAUUAAACUGUAAGUCUUUUCAAAUUUGGUUGAGAGCUUUCGUGCCAUGAAGUAUGUCUGUACAAGGAUUUAUCUUGAAUGUAAAUGGAACCCUUACUCAAAGUGCCACAGAAACAAAACCAACCAAAGAGAAGGUCAUGUCUUACGAAGAAAAAUCAGUGGGAUCCACUGCAUUCUUCAAAUGCGAAGCGUGCCCUUACAUGGCCCUGGCCGAGGACGACAUCAAGUUUCAUUUGUUCACCGUCCACACAGAGUUGGCUAAGAGCAAUGGCCUCGCAGACAAUAUCCGGAUACCUUGUCCGGGGUGCACCAGCGUGUUCGACGCGGAGGAGACACUACGAACGCACCUACGUAAUCAUCACAAAAUGGGUAUUAAAGAUGUCAAGAAAAUGGUUAAAAGUCUAGUGCAAAUAGCGCUUAAAAACGCCAAAUUAAAGAAAGAAAUUCCAGUCAUAGAUCCACCAGCUGCAGAACCAGUCGCACAGAAUGUCGCAGACCUCAAAAUACCGCAGGUCAUAGAGAUAGAGAUACUGCCUGAGGCAGUGAGUGCCAACAACAACUUACCUAAAGGUGUUGGAUUCAUAUCUGUUGAUGAGUUGAACAAAAUGAGCACACCUAAUUUUGAGAAAGUUGAUCCUAAAGAAAUCAUACAGGAUGCUAGUUUUAAUAUAGUUUAUAACAAUGAGAUAGCUCCUCAGUACAUCAGUGUGUCGGGGGCCACAACUGUGAACACUUCUUGCAACAUGAUCCAGGUGUCCAGUGUGCCACCAGACCUUAUCUCUUCGAUUCAGCCACAGGGCACCACCGCAGCCUCUAAACCAUCACCUCCACAACAGAAAGAACCCUCACACAUUCCAUUUAUACUUAAAACAGAUCAAACUAAAGAGGAUACAAGGGAGCAGACAAUAGAAGAAAAGUAUGGGAAACUGUGUUCUACUAACGGGUGCCGGGUACGCCUAAAGGAGCCGGACAACCUCACAUAUCACAGGAAAUGUCAUAAGAAUGGGUCUCUGAUAUGUCCGGAGUGUAACUCUGAGUUGGGUACUGUGGAGUCUUUACACACACAUCUGUGGAAGGUUCACUCAGUGGAUAUGGAGCUGCCUACCUGUGACAACUGCGGCUUUAAGACAUACAACAGGCACAGGUUGAACAAUGUCCACAUGAAUAUACAUAGGAAAUUCAAAGGUCAUGUUUGUAACAUUUGCUCAAAAGCAUUUAAAAACGCGAAUCAGCUAUCAAAACACAAGAUGGUUCACAAGCGAAACUCCUCGCCCGUGGCGUGUAGUAUCUGCCAGAGGGAGUUCACCAGCAAGCGGCGCAUGCAGGUGCACGUGACCGAGGUGCACGAGAAGGUCAAACCCUUCAAGUGCCUGCACUGUGACUUCACUUCAGCUAGGAAAGACCAGCUGAAGAUCCAUAUUAGGUCACAUACAGGUGACAAACCUUACGAAUGCGAUAAAUGCAACUUCAGAACUGGAGAUCACAACUCAUUACGACGACACAAAAAACAGCACACUAACGGCCGUCUGUACGAGUGCAAGCACUGCCCCUACACCGCCAUCCAGUCCACCAUGUUCACAUCACACAUGAUCUCCAAACAUCCCAAUGUGACCUCCAGCGACAUCCACCGCUGUCCCUACUGCCGUUUCAAGACAGUCAGCAAAGAUAAAUAUGUAGUGCAUCUAACCAAACACUCAGACAAGGAAGGCAUUCAGCUGCUUAUAGAGUUGACCAAAAAUAAAGCCAGUCAACGCCCCUGGACUAUACCCAGCGAGAACACGAGUAGCGAGAGCUCCAGAAGCGCAGAGCCGAACAAAGAAUCUUCCCCGAAGACUGUCAAUGAUAUACCGAUCGAAGUUUACGAUUGCGACAGUUUAUCUGAAAGUCUGCCGCCAGACUACACCAAGAGCUAUUGCGCCACUUCCAGCAACGACACUCCCCAGCCUUCCGACAUCAACGGUCAAGCAAGCAAGGAGGACAACAACUCCGACUGCCUCAUUUCCGAGAGCUCCAACGAUACUAUGAUGGAGAGGCACCAGUACUCUGCACAACACCUCCUUACCUACGACACCAACCAAUCCAAUAUGCAUUUCCUCAACCCAUCAGUAUCCAUGGAGCAAAGUCUUCUACAGCACAAUAACGUAAACUCGUUAGUGUCGAACCAUUGCUCCAUACAGAGCAGUAUCAGCAAUAACAUCAUGAACAACUUCCCGAUCAGGCUACCACCAGCACCUCAGAAAAGUUUACGAAACAUCACUUUGAAACCUGUUGACAAAAUAUCUAUGCCUAACAAAGUGACCGGGCCCAUCAUAACACCGACGCAGAUACUACCGGUACCGUCUUCCUGUAACUCGCCCGUUAAUAUAACGAUGGAACCCGAAGGUGUGCCCAGGAAGAAGCCCAAAAUAUCCGUCAAAAGUAAUCUCAUUCUCAAAGGACCAGACCAGGUGAACAUGUUCCACUCUCAGCAGAAGAUGGCGUUCAGGAGACUAGAAGACAAUGAGAGGUUCGGUCUGGGCAGUCCUGUGACCUUCAACAAUUUGAUAACAACUCAGUUUAUGCAGCUACAACCGGAACCCACACUGAGCGAGUCCCCCAACAUUAUAAUGGCGUAUCCUCAGGAGCCGAUGUUAGCGGACACGGCGACUACUCCAGUAGACAGUGAGAUGAACAGUAACGGGCAGAUAUUCUCGUUCAACCAGCAACUGAAUGUGAACUCCAUGACGAUGCUGCCGCCGCCGCAGAAGAUACAAACCAACGACCCCAACUACAUCAAACUGGAAGCUACUAUAAAACAGAACACCCAGUCGCCGAGUCUGGAGAGAAUGUGUAACGCGAACCUCCUCAACAACUCGGCUAUAACUCGCGAAUAUAAAGCGUCGCCUCCGCUAGAAGAUAUACACAAGAACAUGAGCGAAAUAAAGAACGAAGUCAAAUCAGACGCUUUCUAUAACAUAACGAUGAACAACACCGCGGCAAACCAGCCAAUCAUAGAGCAGUACUUGUUGGAUAAUCUGAUAGGAGAAAAGUACUCGGGCCUCAUGGACCUGACCGGCGUCACUCUGCAAGAGACAUCGGAGGAGCAGAAUGACGUCAUCGAGAUAGAUGACAACUCGGACGAUAACAAGCUCCUCCCGCGGCUCGACAUGUUCUACCCCCUAGAGGGCCUGUACCCGAUGCACAACGAGUUCCACUUCCUGGACACCGACACAGGGUGCCAACAGGACGAAGUCAAUAGAAUGAUCAACGAGGUUCCCAUCAUGAACCAGAAGGAGGUUUUGCUCGAGGGAUCUAUUGAGUGCCCCACAAACGAGAUCCCGAUCUGUAUUCAAAGCAUAAUGGACCCUAUGAUGAAUGCAAUAAGACCCACCACCAAUAAGAUUAAUGUGAAGAAUAUAGAACUGAUGAAAAAUUAAGAAUUAUGUUUGUUUGUAGUUAGUAUUGGGAAAAUGAACUGUUAAUAUUACUCCUUUUGUGAUAGGCUAUUUGUUGUGCAACAUUUCCAUUUUAUGAAGGGCUCUUUUUUAUAUACGCUCCUGAAAUGCCAUGUAAGUCCGGGGUGUAAUUCUAACGUUAUGUAUCAUUCGACUUAAAUCAUUAAUCAAAUGCUGCUAUUGCAAGAUAAAUAAUUGCCAGGGACAUUCUGGAAUUUGAG